AUGAUAAGUGUCCUGACGUGGUGGAUGGUGGCGGUGGCCCGAGGAGCCCUACUUCCACCCCCCAAUUACAGUGUGUAUCAAAUGCCGGACACGAACUUCGAUUGCAGGGACAAAAUCGUCGGUGGAUACUAUGCAGAUAAUCAGGCCCAUUGCCAGAUGUUCCACGUCUGUGUUCGCGUUGGAGAACAUGAGGUCCGAGAUUUCCGAUUUCUGUGUCCGAACGACACAAUCUUCGACAAGGAUAACUUCAUAUGUGCCAAUUGGUGGGAAGUGGAAUGCGUGUCGGGGAAGGAAGGACCUCAUAAGCCGAGCACGGGGGUGAAGACGCCUCCACCCCCAACUCCCGAUGACGAAUACGACUACUACUAUUACGAGGACACUCCCUACGGGGAUUACCAACAGGAUGCACUGGUGUCCGGGUAUCCGUCGACCACCCCGCGGUCCACCUACCGAAGCAGCACCCCAGGGACACCCUCUACCAGUUCCAUCAACUAUCACAGUAGUUCCCUGGCACCGCGGUACCACAGUAGCACGCUGGGGCCCAGGUACCACAGUACAUCGACACCAUCCCCGACGAGCACCACGACGACCCCGAGACCGAAAUACAUCUCGUCGCCGACUCCUUCAGUCCGGUACUUCGUUUCCACGGAGCUGAGUGUGUCUCAGGGCGACCGAGAGAAGGCGAUCACGACGACGACUAAAGAAACCCCGAAGCACUCGGUGUCCACGGAGCUGAGCGUGUCGAAGAGCGAAGAUCCCGGACGCCAAACCUCAUAUCACCCGUAUUAUCCUAGUGAAUACUUCCAGGGCGGACAGCAGAUCUUUGGACAAAGGACGCGGUUGCGACAGACCACGCCGUCGUAUUUCUCGAGACGAGAAACGACUGCCAACAGGGAAAGAACGCGAGUGUCCUAUGAAGUGAAUGUUGGGGAGAACGUAGACAAGAAAGGCAGCGAACAGGCGUUCCUGGAUCAUCAACAGAGUAGCUCACGGGUGACGUACAGUCGUUCGCACGAGCAAGAUCGCAGCGGUUCGCCGGCGACCUUGAGUCGAUCGGCCGAUCAAGGUCAAAGCAGUUCGAGUGUCGUGUUCAAGGUCGGUCGCGAAGACACGGAUGGGUACGAAUCCGAACGUGGCUACAUAGUUCGGGACGACCAGAAUCAUGGGACUCACACCAAAUCCUCGUACACGACUCAGGUUGAGGUCGGGCCAGGUCAGAGGUACAUCACCCACGUGUCCCGGAUCUCGUCCAGUUCCCGGGUGGAGCCGGGUUACACGGCAAUAAGCCGUCGUGUCGGUCGCAGCGACGAGGAUGACGCUUCGAAGAAGAGCGCACCACAGUCGCAGUCUUCGGUUGAACCUAUUUUUGGUGCUAAGACUAUCAUCAGUGUGAGGAAAUCCCUGUCAAGUAAGGGACCAGAAGUCAACCGGUAGUGAUGCUGAUAGAUCUUUCACUGUGUUGUUCAAGAACUUGGCAUCUCAAGUAUAUGAAUACUUUUUUGUUCCAAAAGCAAUUGACGAAAAGCCAUUUAAAAAUAUUUUUGGGUCACUGGUAUUUGGAAAGUAUUCAAUUACUUGAGUGAAAGUUUUCGUACAGCAAUGCCAACUUUCUUCUGUAUUCUCAUGAGCGUCUCAUGAGUGUGUGCAUCUGGUGGGCUCGAAUAGUGUAAGAGUGAGCGUAGGAGUUCCUCAUUUCUUGGAAUGAUGUCUUUCUGCAGUGACUAUGUACUUCAGUGGGAGAACCUGCGUUGCAAGUUCUGCUCUGAACAAUGACGAUGUUUUUACUGUAAAGGGGAUAUAAGUAUUUCUAUUAUUUGUA